AUGCUUCCGUCGUUCAUGGUCAAACUGUUUUGGGACAAGAUGGCCGAGGUGGCGGAGGGAGUAGGUAUGGGAGAGGGUGUCGAACACGAGGGAGGAGGCGAGCGGGCGGCACGCGUCGUGGUUGAGUACAGCUACGAGGACGAGGAGGAGAUCGAGGAGGAUACAUCGAGGCAAGCUCAGCACGGGGUGAGCGGCCCGGGCGGCCAUGCGAACGAGCGCGAGGGCCCUAGCUCGGAAUCGAGUUCCGGCUCGAGCUCGAGCGAUGAGUCGGACGAGCACGACGGCGAGGGCGCAGGAGAACAUCCAGGUGGGACGGAGCGUACGGAGGAGCACGGAGUGGCGCUCGGGGAGCGGGUGGACGAGCGGGUGAAUAUCGAGCAGCAAGCGACGGGGGACGAUGGGGCUGUCGAGGAGCAGGAGGGCGGAGCGGCUGCGCAGGAGGGUGGGGCAGGAAUGCAGCCGCAGGAGGGCGGGGCGGCUGUGCAUGAUUUUGGGACAGGAGUGCAGCAGCAGGUGGGCGGGGCGGCUGCGCAGGUGGGUGGGGCAGGAGGGCAGCAGCAAGAGGGCGUGGCGGUUGCGCAGGAGGGUGGGGCAGGAGUGCAGCAGCAGGAGGGCGUGGCGGCUGCGCAGGAGUGUCGUCCAGGACAGGUCGCAGUAAGAUGGAGGCACCGCACGGCCAGUGGCAGCGGACAGGCGGGCCCUUCGACCGGACUCCCUUCGACGGCAGGCCAAUCGACUUCGGCAGUUGCAUCCGGAGGCCAGGUCGUCGAGCUACUGCAGAGGGUCGCAGAGCUCGAGGCGUCGCAGAAGAAGCUCGUCGCCGACGUAUUUGCGAAGCACAUUGAGCAAGCCGCUGUUUUCAACAAGCUUGCUGGGGAUUUUCGGGCGGCCUGGAAUACGAUUUCGGAGGCGUCGAAGAGCACGCUGAAGCAGUGCGACGACGCCGUCAACGGUGUCACGGAGGAGAGGAAACUGUUGGAAGGGGCGCGCACGAAGCUCGACGAGAUGAGCGGGAAAAUCAUGGAGGGGGUGGCAGCCGCUAUCGCAAAAGCGAGCGAGGACGCCGUCGAGAAGCAGCUCAAGCUUGUCGAGGAGCGGAUGGUUGCUUCGGUCGUGCAGGGUAUUGAGAAAGCCGUCAAGGAGGACUUGUUCUACUCCGCCAUCCCGCCCGAGAGCAUGAAGGUGAUGAAGGACGUUGUGAAAGAAGGCUACAAAGAAGCUGAAGCUGGCAGAUUGGAAGUCCUCACCGAAGCGAUGGCGAGAGGGUUUCGGGGCUCGGCGGGCCCGUCGACGAGGUCGCGUCAGGAGGAGGGGGUGGCUGGUGUUCGCAGCGGGGGUGAACGUCGAGUUCAUGAGCGCUCGAUUCCUCCUUCUUCUUCGGUGGGAGGACAUGUCGGCAGCCCGGUAGCAUCCCCACCGUCGCGUGCCCGUCAUCCCGUCGGCAAGUCCGUCGAGGACAACGAGGUCAUCGUACUCGACCAGUCGCCCCUUCAGAAGACCUCCGAAGCGACAGCGAAGCCUCCGCCUGAUGCUUUUGCUCCGCUGCGGGACAUGCUUUCGGGCCUCGGGAAAAAGGGUGAGAAAGGAUUGGUUGCGGGGGAGAAAAGUGGCGGCCCUAUCGAGUCCGUCGCCUCAGCCGGGAAAGGAGCCGUGGGAUAUCGAGGUGCCCCUACCCCGUCAGGCAGCGCUGCGGGGAAAGCAGCGGGGGAGGCAUGGGGUGCUCCCAGCCAGGUCGUCGUCGCUGGUGGGUUGCUGUCGAAGACAACGGCCGACUCUGCUGCUCAGGUCGGUGUUCCUGGCCGUCCUGUCGAGCCAGUGGGAAAGAAGGCAUAUUUCUCUGCCCUUCCCGCGGCUCAUGUCGCUGCUCCCGUCCUAGGCACCGUCCGCCUUAGCGAACCGCGUUCCCCUCCUCUUGGUCCUGCUCCUGCGUCGAAGAAAAGGCAGGCUGGGACGAAGCCGUCGAAGCGAGCUGCAGAGGCGACAGAGAGCGGUGACCCGGUGGAGAUGGGCAGCCUCCUUGGCCAAGCUCCUGUCGAGACGGCGUCUACCGUCGUUGCUGCUCGACACGAGAAGGCGAAGAAGCAGAAGGUGCUCGACUACGCCCCACCUCCUCCGCCGGACGACCAGGGCAAGACGUACCGCGCCAAAGCUCCCUUCAAAGGACCAGGCAUGAUGGUGCGGAAGGGGAAGUUCGUUUCCGAGCAGACCGUCGGCGGGAGGAAGCGGUUCCUGGGCACUUUUGAAACGGAGGCGGACCAAAAGUUCUGUACGGCCAUCUGCUGGCGCGUGUACUUCCCCGACAUUGACCUUCAGAAGUACGAUAAGUUCACGGCGGAGGAUGAGCAGCAGUGGAAGGUCUAUCUCGAUGCAGCCGCUGGUAUGGCCACCGGCGUUUGGAGCGUGGCGCAAGAACAAGGGGAAUGUCGCUUCGAAGAGAAACUGUCCAAGGAAGAUAUUCAGAAGGAUGCCCUAGCUGCCGCAAACGCAGCGCUCUUCGCCCCGGAGACGGCGAAACGGGCUAAUGUCGCUGCCAUCGCCGCCCUCGUGUCCGUUAUUUUGCACGUGGGCAAGAUGGUCCCGGCCAAGCAGUGGCCCGAUCUGCUAUAUUCGACGGCUGUCCAAGGCCUCGGCUCGACUGACCCCAUCCUGUUGCAGAUGGUGCGCGUGGCAGCACAGGUCUGUACGCAAUGGUGCUGCUGUCGCUUUGCUGCCCAUUUGCUGGAGGACGCGGGCUAUGGGAGCCUGGCUAUGCCAGAAGAAAAGAGCAAGGCGAAGCAGGGCGAGGAGGAUGCUACCGAGGAGGGGACAGGGGAGUAG